AUGAAGUUCACCAACGUCCUUGCGUUCGCGUCCCUUGCGACUGCGUUCCCCGCUCUCCAGGAGUCCUCCAACGAGGAACUUGAGGUCCGCGACCUCGAAGCCCGCCAGAGGGGAGGAGGCCGCGUCGGUUCGACCGCCAAGGAGUUCACCCAGGGCGGCUGCAAGGAGGUCAUCAUGGUCUUUGCUCGCGGCUCGACCGAGACGGGCAACAUGGGCACCAUUUGCGGUCCUCAAACCGCCAACGGCGUCAAGGCCAGCUUCAAGAGCGUCGCCGUCGAGGGUGUCGACUACGCAGCUGGCCUGGCGACCAACACACUUCCCGGCGGUGCGGACCCCAAGGGUAUUGCCGAGAUGAAGCGGCUCAUCGCGAAGGCCAACACAGACUGCCCCAACUCCAUGUUAGUCGUGGGCGGUUAUAGCCAGGGUGCGGCCGUGACCCACCGUGCCGUUGAAGAUCUCCCGCAGGCGCAAAAGGACCAGAUCGUUGCCGCCUUCAUGUUCGGCGACACCCAGUUCCAGCAGGACGGCGGCCAGAUCACGGAUUUCCCCCAGGACAAGACCAACAUCAUCUGCGCCCGUGGCGACGCUGUCUGCAGAGGCACGCUCACCAUCUUGCCCGCACAUUUGUCUUACGGUAACCGGGCCGACGAGCAGGCCCAGUUCAUCAACGAGAAGCUUACAGCGGCCGGAGCUACGCCCAAAUAA